CAACAGUUUACAAAAGGGGAGGGCUCCCCGUAGAAUUUAGCUGACGUCGAGGACCGUGACUUGUGCGCGGAGCUAACAAUCGUCAGCACGCUCGAGAUCCAGUACAGUGCAGCACACCAAUUUGUAGCAUUAGCUCGCGCGAGUUACUGAGGAGGUCCGCCAACAAGACUGAACGAGGAGGGUUUCUUUUCAUCACGCCCAGGCUGAUCCCGGAAACCCAGAGACGGGGACCACCUUGAAGAACAAUAUAGGACCGAGAGCUAGCAAUGAGCGGCGGCGGCGCCCGCGCCAAUAGGAAGGGCAGCCUAGGCAGCGUCGAUGGCAGCAGCGGCAUCGGCGACGACGAGCUCCGAACCGUGGGCGAAUACCUGGCCGCCAUCGCAACAUGCAUGACUGAAUCUCUGCGCAUUCUCAUGUUCGCCGACAAGCGGCAAUGGGGCCCCGACGAGUUUGAGCAGACGCGCGCGCUCGAGGAAGCCCUGGACGAGGCCAAGGAGGACUUUCAAGAGAUGGCCCCUCUCGUAAACGGACAGUUUUACUACGAGAACGACCGUACCCCCGAAUCCCUCCAAACGCUCCGAAACCUCCUCGACCGCUUCCAGUCUCUCACCCAGAACCUGCGCGACUGGGUCCGCCACGGCGGGCCCAUCAACCCGGUCUGGGCGCGCGAGACGGCCCAGCUGCGGCGGGCCCUGCACCGCGCCCAGCGCCGCGCCGCGGGCCGCAUCUUCGCCGCCGUCCAGCAGGACCCGGACGACGGCGGCGCCCGCUGCCUCGGCGCCGCCCGCGUCUACCGCCAGCAGAAGCGCAUCGAGGCCGAGCGCGCGCGCAGGCCGGCGUGGCAGCAGCAGCAGCAGCACCAGCAUCAGCAGCAGCAGUACCAGCACGGAGGUCAGCACCGGGGGCGGACCGGCGGGAGGAGCCAUGAGGGGUUGGAGGCCACUCGGAGACCGGGGGAUCUGGUGGGGGGUGGUGGCUUCGCGGGGUCGGGUUACGACGACGGCGGUGCUGCGGACGUUGUCGGCGAAGUUGGUAGUGGUGGUGGUGGUGGUGUGGGGUUGGGGAGGAGAGGGAGCCUGGAGGAGCUCGUGCCGAGCUGUAACGCGGUCGGCAGGUUCAGGCUAUUCGGGGAGGACUCGCACGACGCGGCGUUCGUGUGCGACUACUGCGACGGGUUCAUCGUGUGGCCGGAUCUGCAGAGCAUACCGUCCGAGAGGACGCCGCUGCCGCCGACGGCGGUCUCGGGGUAUCCGCACUGGCAGGCCAAGGGGAUCAGCGCCCAGAGCGGGGAGGAGAAGCAGGUCGUGUUCCCUCCGGUGGCGAUAGCGAACCACAUGCCGCCCGAGCCGGGGGAUUUUCGGGCCGGCCUGAUCUGCCCGUACUGCGAAGAGGCGACGUACCUUGACGAGGGGGAGGACAGCUCCGACGUCAAGUACGUCCAGGAUGAGAAGGGAAUGCCGGAUCUCGAGGCGUUUCGGGAACAUCUCGAAUGGUAUCAUACGGCACUCCCGGUGCCGCCGAUAUCAUCCUUGACGUCUGCGCUGCCCUCGGCGUCAAACUGCAGGGUCAUGUAAAGCAGCGUCAUUUUGUUCUUUUUUUUCCUUUUCUUUUCUUUUUUUUUAACUCUUGAGUUGGGGGGAAAGGGCGGAUUGGUUUUCCCAGUUUGAGCAUGGAGUUUACGGACGGGUGGCCACACAAUGGAACGGCUCGAAGGCGCAGGGUCAUUGAGUAUUAUUCUUUUUUUUUUCUUUUCUUUUCUUCCCCAAGAUUCCAGGAGCGCAUCAUUGCAGGUCAAUGCAAAAGCAUCUCGGAAUCUUUGCCUAGCAUCCCCAUGCUUCCAGCAUGGCCAUCGAACAUUAUAUUAACGGCAUUUGCAGUCAAACAUAUACACAAAACAGCGGCAGAACCGGCCACUGAAUCCCAUGCCCCAACUCCGAUGCUGAGCCUGAAAACACAAGGUAGCAGUUCCCUAAUAUUCGGCCACAUAAAUGGCCGCUCCCUCACGGUAACCACCCCCCCCCCCC